AUGUCCUUUCUCACAUCCACAACCCGACGAGCGAGCCGGCUGGCAUCGUCACGCCUAAUAGUAUCCCGCUCUGCCUCAAGCCGUGCAUCUUUCCAGUGGGAUGACCCUCUCGCGUCACACACCCUUCUUACCGAGGAAGAACUCAGCAUUCAAGAGACCGCCCACGCCUAUUGCCAGGAUCGUCUUCUUCCACGCGUCCUAGACGCUUACCGCACAGAAAACUACGAUCGAUCUAUUCUCCAGGAAAUGGGAUCUCUAGGCCUGUUAGGCCCGACCAUAAAGACCCACGGCUGCCCAGGCGUGAGCUCCGUCGCGUCUGGACUGAUUACGCGCGAAGUCGAACGCAUCGACUCGGGCUAUCGGAGCGGCAUGUCUGUACAAUCGUCCCUCGUCAUGGGUCCAAUCGACCAGUUUGGAUCCCCAGCACAAAAGGAUCGCUGGCUCGAGAAACUCGGCAAGGGCGAUUUGGUAGGCUGCUUUGGCCUGACCGAACCGAAUCACGGCUCGGAUCCAGGAUCCAUGGAGACCACCGCACGACCUCACCCCACAAAGAAAGGCUACUACAGUCUCUCCGGGUCGAAGACGUGGAUCACCAACUCUCCCAUCGCCGACCUCUUACUCGUGUGGGCGAAACUCGACGGUCAAAUCAAAGGGUUUGUAAUUGAGCGCGACGCCUGUCCUCCCGGCACCCUCGAGACCCCAGCCCUCAAGAACAAGACCGGUCUUCGCGCCAGCAUAACGGGAAUGAUCCAACUCGACAACUGUCCCGUGCCGGAGGAGAACAUGCUCGACGUGACUGGCCUCAAGGGCCCGUUCUCAUGCCUAAACUCGGCCCGCUUCGGGAUCGCCUUUGGCGUGGUCGGCGCUCUCGAAGACUGCAUCGAGCGUACCCGAACGUACGCGCUGGAGCGCAAACAGUUCAACAACAACCCGUUGGCCAAGUACCAACUGAUCCAGAAGAAGCUGGCCGACGCUUCGACGGACGCGGCGUACGGCCUACUCGCCGCGAUCCAAGUUGGAAGGGUGAAGGACAGCCAGGCCGGCUUGGCUCCGGAGAUGAUCAGUAUGAUCAAGAGGCAAAACUGCGAUCGCGCACUGCACCACUCGCGGACACUCCAGGAGGUCUUUGGAGGGAACGCCGUGAGCGACGAGUAUCACAUCGGCCGGCACGUGGCGAACCUUUUUGUCACGCAGACCUACGAGGGUCAAAGUGACAUCCACGCUUUGAUUCUAGGAAGGGCCAUUACAGGGCUGCAAGCCUUCUUCUAG